GGUGGAAGGUUGAGAGGCGAAAUAAAAUGGAAAUUGAGAGGUUGAACUGCAAGAUUGAGAGGUUGAACUGCAAGAUUGAGAGGUUGAACUGCAAGAUUGAGAGGUUGAACUGCAAGAUUGAGAGGUUGAACUGCAAGAUUGAGAGGUUGAACUGCAAGAUUGAGAGGUUGAACUGCAAGAUUGAGAGGUUGAACUGCAAAAGUGAGAGGUUGAACUGCAAGAUUGAGAGGUUGAACUGCAAAAUUGAGAGGUUGAACUGCAAGAUUGAGAGGUUGAACUGCAAGAUUGAGAGGUUGAACUGCAAAAGUGAGAGGUUGAACUGCAAAAGUGAGAGGUUGAACUGCAAAAUUGAGAGGUUGAACUGCAAGAUUGAGAGGUUGAACCGCAAGAUUGAGAGGUUGAACUGCAAAAGUGAGAGGUUGAGCUGCAAAAGUGAGAGGUUGAACUGCAAGAUUGCGAGGUUGAACUGCAAGAUUGAGAGGUUGAACUGCAAGAUUGAGAGGUUGAACUGCAAAAUUGAGAGGUUGAACUGCAAGAUUGAGAGGUUGAACUGCAAAAUUGAGAGGUUGAACUGCAAGAUUGAGAGGUUGAACUGCAAAAUUGAGAGGUUGAACUGCAAGAUUGAGAGGUUGAACUGCAAAAUUGAGGUUGAACUGCAAGAUUGAGAGGUUGAACUGCAAAAUUGAGAGGUUGAACUGCAAAAUUGAGAGGUUGAACUGCAAGAUUGAGAGGUUGAACUGCAAAAUUGAGGUUGAACUGCAAGAUUGAGAGGUUGAACUGCAAAAGUGAGAGGUUGAACUGCAAAAUUGAGAGGUUGAACUGCAAGAUUGAGAGGUUGAACUGCAAAAUUGAGGUUGAACUGCAAGAUUGAGAGGUUGAACUGCAAAAGUGAGAGGUUGAACUGCAAGAUUGAGAGGUUGAACUGCAAGAUUGAGAGGUUGAACUGUAAGAUUGAGAGGUUGAACUGCAAGAUUGAGAGGUUGAACUGCAAAAUCACCUAAAAAUUGAAGGGUUUAAAGGAAAAAUUGAACUGGACUUACCUCUCGUCAAACAGGUAGAGAUGAAAUAGUUAGAAAGCAAAAUCUGAUGGAAUUUGAAAGGUUAAGGGGCAAAAAUAAAAGCUGAAAAUUGAAAGCUGCAAUAAGGCGAAAUAACCUAGAAAUUGAUAGGUAGAGCGAAGUUGAACAUUAAAGGUAGAAACACGAAAUAAGUUGGAACUGAACAGGUAGAGAAAGGAAAUAACCUGAAAAUGAAAAGGUAGAGAGGCAAGAUAACCUGGAAAUUGAAAGGUUAAUUUAAAAGCCACAUCAAUACCAGUAACUUUAUUUUUUACAGUAAAGAAAACAGCUCAAAGGCAAAAAUGGAAAAUGAUGGAAAAAAAGCCUGUUAAUCACUUUUUACAGUAAAGAAAACAGCUCAAAGGCAAAAUUAGAAAAUGAUGGAAAAAAAGCCUGUUAAUCACUUUUUACAGUAAACACCUCAAAGGCAAAAAUAGAAAAUGAUGAGAAAAAAGCCUGUCAAUCACUUUUUACAGUAAAGAAAACACCUCAAAGGCAAAAAUAGAAAAUGAUGAGAAAAAAGCCUGUCAAUCACUUUUUACAGUAAAGAAAACACCUCAAAGGCAAAAAUAGAGAAUGAUGGAAAAAAAGCCUGUUAAUCACUUUUUACAGUAAAGAAAACACCUCAAAGGCAAAAAUAGAGAAUGAUGGAAAAAAAAGCCUGUUAAUCACUUUUUACAGUAAAGAAAACACCUCAAAGGCAAAAAUAGAAAAUGAUGGAAAAAAAGCCUGUUAAUCACUGUCCGUACUACCACAA